AUGGCCGUGCGCAUGCGCCGCGCGACUCCAGCAUCGAUCAGCUCGGCGCUCGGCGCCCAACAGUCGCCAUCUUGCCGGCCAUGGAGGACAGGUUCCAGCGCUGACCGGCCCGCGCGCUCAAGGGAUGCUGCCGGCAUGAAGGCACAGGCAGAGGAAGACGUGGACCUCACGAGUCUCAGCUGGCUGCACAACCUCACUCUGGCGGGCGGCCCCUCCUUGCUGCCUACCCUGCCCUCCUCGCCGGCGCGCCGCCCCCCGCAGGCUCAGUCAGAGGACGCGGGGUUGCCCAGCCUGGAGCACUACCGCACCUGCGGCGACCACAAGCCGCCCUUCUCGUACGCCACGCUCAUCUGCAUGGCCAUGGGGGCCAACAGCAACAAGAUGACCCUGUCCGCCAUCUACUCGUGGAUCAAGGACAACUUCCUGUACUACCGCACGGCCGACCCCAGCUGGCAGAACUCGAUCCGCCACAACCUGUCGCUGAACAAGUGCUUCGUGAAGGUCCCGCGCUCCAAGAACGAGCCGGGCAAGGGCGGGUUCUGGCGGCUGGACGUGGAGCGGGCGGAGGAGGGCCGUGCGAGGCGGCGGCGCGGGGGCACGGCGUCGCGCCGGCCGCGCGCCAAGGAGCCCGCCCCGCCCGGGCCGGCCCCGCCCGCCCCCCCGGAGCCCCUGGAGGACGAGAUAGCUGCGCUGCUGCUGGCGUGCCAGAGCUGGACGCAGAGCGAGCUGGAGCUGCUGGACUCCGUGCUGGACAUCCUGUGA